AGUUCAGCUUCUUAUGUCCGCGCGGCGCGCUCCUCCAAGCGCUCAUUCUUUCUCAGACAAGCAAAGGCACAAGUAACAUGGCUGACGAGAUAGAUACUGGAAAUUCCUCGGAUUUAGACAACGCUCGAGAGAACGGGAUGAACUUGCAUAAGCGCCAAUCGCGCGUUACGAUAAAAUACAACCGUAAACAGCUUCAGAAAAGGUUGGAUGUGGAGAAAUGGAUCGACGAAGGGCUGGACAAACUGUACGAGGGCAAGGGCAUGCCAGACGAAGUGAACAUUGAUGAUUUGUUGGAUCUCCCAAGUGAUGAAGAGCGAACGCACAAACUACAGGUUCUUCUGCAGACCUGCACCAACAGUACUGAGGCUUUUAUUGCUGAGCUCUUGCAGAAGCUGCAUGGUCUUCAUAAACAGGAAGAGCUGCAGAAUGAAGGAAUUGAGCAUCCCUGUCUCCACACUUAUCCCCAUCACCAUGGAAACAUCCAUCAUCACAGAGGCAACCAUCAACAUCCAACACAUCAGACACUGUGAUUUCAUCCAGUUUAGAUAAUUGCACUCACUGGACUGAGCUCCCUAACACAGACUCAGGACACGCAUAUGAUGUAUCCAACUAGUUUAGCAACUCUGUAACUGUUAGGUGUUUGUUUACAAACUCAUGUGAGUGGUAUAUUAACAGUGUUCAGUUGUAAAACUCUUCAUUACUGUUGACAACUAAAUCUAUGCAGUAGCAUUAA